GGACAUGAACGUUUUAAAAUAUCUCAACUGAAACUUCUCGAAUCUUCACUUCUCUCCUCGAAGAGCCUCGAUUCCUCCAUAUCCUAUAAAAAUCCCCUCUCACGCAUCCUUCUUCACCAAAAGCGUAAAAACAAAAACAGAACACAAAAAGCCCUUUCUUCAAGCGAGAAAAGAAAAUCCAAAGCCGUUCGAUUCUCGAGAAAAUCACUUUCUCAUUCAUGAUGGAAAGUCCGUUCUUCAGCAGCCAUUGGAGCAAUUUCCAGCCGCGUCCUCGCUACUCCCCGAGCGUGAGAGAAGUUCCUGUCUGUCGUCCGGCGGCAAGGCCGUCGUCGUCUCCGGAGGUGGUUUCGAUCCCCGUACACUUCGUCGGAUCGGAGACGAGCAGGUCCGACUCUGCGUUGAAGAUCCAGAAGGUUUUCAGAGGGUUCCUGGUGAGAAAGAGCGUGAAGAAGAUCGCGGCGAUCAGAGAAGAGGUCGAUGCGGUUGAGAGGAAGAUCUCCAGGAGAGAGACUGUGGAAUCGAUUCGGAGAGACGCGAAGGAGCGGUUGAGGAUCAAUGAGACGCUGAUGAACUUACUUCUCAGGUUGGACUCUGUGAGAGGGGUGGAUUCUGGGGUUAGGGAUUUCCGGAAGGCGGUGAUCAAGAAGGCGAUCGCGUUGCAAGAGAGAAUUGAUGCAAUCGUCGCCGGCGAUCAAGCGACUUCGGAUGUCGCGAACGAGGAAUCCAUCUCUAAAUCUGCUGAUCAAGCUGCGGAGACCAAGGAUUCAGGUGUGUCUUCUGGAGGCGAUGAUGAUAAGGCUGAGGAUCGUGCCCUAGAAUCGGAACCUAAAGUCUCUGCGGUUGAUAGAUCUGCUGAAUUAUGUGCCGAUUGUUCGAAUUCCUCUGAAAUUGAGUUGGAUCAAACCCUAGAAAAAGAGGACGAUGCCACUGUUUUCGCAGAAUACUCCAACUCGGAGCAGCAGAAUCGCGACGUGCCUAUGCCUAAUUCGACCAUGGCAGAAGAGGAAGCUACAGACGAAACUCCAAAUUUGGUACAAACUGAUGAAGUUGCUGUUGAAGAUGAGGAGAAAGUAGAAGAUUCAGCCAUUGCCGAAAACAAAGAAACUACAGUGGAAAACAUGGAGGGAAGUGUAGAAACGAGUAGUGGUGACAGCGAGAACAGUCAGUCCGGAUCCUCUGCGAAUUCUCGGAGUUCGAUUGGAGGCGACACUGCGAUGAAGGAAGAAGAAGAGGAUGGGAUGGAGAUUGUGCAAAAACCUGAAAGAAACGACGAAGAAAAUUGGGGUCAUCAGCGGAGGAGCAGAGAGCUUCUGGAGAAGAUGAUGGAGGACAAUGAGAAGAUGAUGGGGCUGAUGGCGGAUCUGUUUGAGAGGAAUUACACGCAAAUGCAGUUGCUGAACUCGCUGUCGCAGAGGGUGGAGCAGCUGGAGAGAGCUUUUGUGAGCGACAAGCUCAGGAAGAAAAAGAAGAAGAGAGCUGCUGUUGAUUGCUCUGGAAAAUGCCCGAAUGCUGCUAAGAAGUGUGGGAACAGAUAGUCAGAAGAGGAGUCGAGUCAAAGCUUGUGUGAGCUCUCUAAACUGAUUUGUUAAGAUUUGGUCAUUGUUUACAAUAUAGGAUACUUGUGUUUGAUCAUUGGCAUUGCUGGAAAGGUUGCUAGAAACUCUUGUGAUGAUUUUUCUCUGUUUCAUCUACAAAUUGGAUGAUGUGAAUGAAUGUGAGAUUCACUUGCCUUAAUAAUGGAAGCUGCUCAAUUUUGUCAAAACUUCCUAUUGCAGAAUUACUAUUAGUGGCACGUUCUGUUUUCAAAUGGGUAACAACUAGCAACAAUGAAACUGGGAAAUCUUUUUGCAAAAUAUAAUGACACUGAGAAAUUCAAGGCCGCCACUGUCUACUUAAGGCUCUUAUGAAACUACGAAAUCAAACAAUUUCUAAACUUACAUAAUGCUGAAAUGGUUAUGAGGACCCUUUGAAAAAGAAAGGACUUGAAGCUAGAAAGGAUUUGGGCGAAUGUUUUUCUUGAACUUUUCGUGAUUUGACACUUUUGUCUAGGAUUUUGUUUGCCUGGUAAUAUAUGUUGUAACCUCUAAACUGAAUGUAAAGAUUUGGUUAUUUUAUUGGAUAUAGGAUCCAUUUGUUUGCUGCUAAUUUGCUUAGAAGGUUUAUACAAAAUCACGUAAUGAAUAUGAGAUCGCCCUUUUGUAAUGGAAGCUAUUUGCCACACAAAAAAAAAAAAAAAAAAAAAAAAAAAAAAAACUCAAUAAUGGAAGCUGUUCAGUUUUACCAUUUGUAAGGAUAUGUG